AUGUCCGAGUCAGGUUCUGAGAUGUCCUACGCCGAUGUUGUAGCCAGCGGCCCCCAGCAGUCGGCGGAAGAAGCCCGUGCCAACCCUGUUGACGAGGUCAUACCCACCGACCAAUCCGUUGAGUCCCUCAUCGACGUGAACACCGGAGUCGCCGUGGUGCCCAACGACUUCUUGGAGCAGGAGGUCCAGACCGAGACACAAGCGAAGCGCAUAGAGCUCGAGGAAGCUGCCGCUGCCGAGGCUGCCGAAGCCGCCGAAGCCGAGAAGAAGGCCGAGAAGAGGGAAGCGAGAAAAGAAAAGGCCUCCGACAAGGCAUCCGACAAGGCGGCAAAGAAGGAGAAGGCGAAGACUCUGGCGCAGAACCCGAUCAUUCAGGCGAACGGAGUUCUCUUCGCUAUUGCGGCUAUCGCUCUCGGCUUUGGCGCCUACCGGAAGCACCAGGCGGGACAGCUCACCUGGAAACUCGCCGGGCUCUGGAGUGUGGGAGUCGCCACGCUUGUGGGAGGCGACUAUUGCCUCAGCAACUUCCUGUGGAAGAAGUACCCUUUCUCGAAGAAAUAA